CAGUUGAUUUCCUCUUGGUUGACGGUAAGUUAACAUUCAACAUAAUAAAGGUAGUCCUACUGCUAGAAUAUGCCUGUUUAGAAUAUUUGUUCAUUAUCUACAUUAUAAAACUGGAGAAAGGUUAUAUUCAUAAGGGCAGCUCACUCGCUACAAUCAAGAAAAUAUUGUACUGACUUAUGGCAAAUUUGCUUGAAACCAGACGUCGGUUUGACAGUUUUAAAUACUUCAACCCAUGAUCUAUGUAUUACUAACCACAGGCUCCUUUUAGAAAUCUACAGGGCUUUGGCGUUGAAACAAGUCAGAUUGGUCUGCUCUAUUCCCUUUAAACAGUUUGACUAUAAAUGUCGAAACAGUACCCGUUAUAACGGACAAUGCUACAUAAUUAAACAAUGUCUAUUUUUGACCAAUUCCGAGAUAUUGAACCUGAUCGCAUCCGCAAUAGCAUAGUAUCAAUUAUUGCAGGAUUUUUAUUUGCAUUAGGCUGGUGGAUAGCAAUUGACGCAGCUGUGCUUUUCGCUGAAAACGAUUCCUUACCUAAUGCAUAUCAUACAGCUGGAGUAUUCAGCACUAUCGCUUUCAUAUUAAUCAACAGUGUUCCUAACGGAGUGUUGAGAGAUGAAUUUUCAGACAGUCGUAUCGGUCGUCGCGGAGCACUUAUAUGCUUAUUUUUCGCUUUCUCAAUGGCAUUUAGCAGUACAAUAGCUGCAUGUUGGAUACUAUUUGGAGGUUAUGUAGCUGUAGAUAAAACACCAGUAUGGCCAGGUGUAGCUAUACUAUUACAAAAUCUACUAAUUUGUAUAUCGUCAAUUUUAUUCAAAUUUGGCAGAAAAGAUCUUAAUGAUUUCUAA